AUGGUUGUUUGUAGUGAAAUGAAGAUGUUAAUAGUGGUCCUUCUACUAAGUUUUGGAGCUCAGAAUGUUGCCGGUAUUUAUGGAGGAUGCAUGAGUUACUCCACAACAAUAGAGUCUUCUGGGCAUUUGAAGGUAAAACUAUUUUUCUUGAAUGGUUGGAAGAUAGAUAAAGGUCCGUGUCGUACAUGUACUGCGGCAGAUAAAGGAUCAGAUGUGACACAAAGAAGAAAGCUAUUAAUACAACAGACAAAUAAUCAAGAAAUGUUUGGAAAAUGGGAAGCCGAAGUUUACAGUCAGAAUGGGAACGCAUCAUAUAUUGAUAAAACAAGAAUAGUAAAUAAUGUUUCUACAGACGUAGUACUCAUUGUAGGUGAAAAAGAGGGAUGGGAAUUGAUAGGUUCCGAGAUAUCUCUUGACUUUGAUUUAACAGUCAAGGAAUUUGACAUCACGCUCAAUAGCUCUUUAGAUGUCUCAAUGACACUUUUACCUGUAAUUCGUCACAUCAACCUUCAAGUAAAGGUGGAACCAGGAAUAAGAAAUGACACAAACAGACCUAACAGAAGUCCAAUAGUUCUUGUGAAACCUUUAUAUAGCCAUGGCCAACUAACCUGA